CCCCACAGCUACCACCUGGUCGGGACCAGCUUCUUCAUCCUGGGGCUGGGCACCCUGCUGCCCUGGAACUUCUUCAUCACUGCCAUCCCGUACUUCCAGGAACGCCUGGCAGGGGUCAACAACACAGCUGGCAACCUGAGCACCAACCACACAGGCCCCACCGACACCUACAACUUCAACAACUGGCUGACACUGCUGUCCCAGCUGCCCCUACUGCUCUUCACCCUCCUCAACUCCUUCCUGUAUCAGUGCAUCCCUGAGUCUGUGCGCAUCCUGGGCAGCCUGCUGGCCAUCCUCUUCCUCUUUGCUCUGACAGCAGUAUUGGUCAAGGUGGACGUGAGCCCCGGGCCCUUCUUUUCCGUCACUAUGGCCUCCGUCUGGUUCAUCAACUCCUUCUGUGCAGUGCUACAAGGCAGCCUCUUCGGGCAGCUGGGCACCAUGCCGUCUACCUACAGCACCCUGUUCCUCAGUGGCCAAGGCCUCGCUGGGAUCUUCGCAGCACUCGCCAUGCUCAUGUCCAUGGCUAGCGGUGUAGAUGCCCAGACUUCCGCCCUCGGCUACUUCAUUACACCCUGUGUGGGCAUCUUCAUAUCCAUCGUUUGCUACCUGAGCCUGCCCCACCUGGAGUUUGCCCGCUACUAUCUGGCUAAGAAGCCAUCACAGACCCCCGUUCAGGAGUUAGAGACCAAAGCUGAGCUCCUCCAGGCUGAUGAGAAGAAUGGAAUCCCCAACAGCCUGCAGAAGGCAGCCCUGACUCUAGAUCUUGACCCUGAGAGGGAGCCAGAGCCAGAAUCAGAGGAGCCGCAGAAGCCAGAGAAACCUUCAGUGCUGGUUGUGCUCCGGAAGAUCUGGCUGACAGCGCUGUGCCUUGUGUUGGUCUUCACCGCCACCCUGUCUGUCUUCCCAGCCAUCACAGCCAUGGUGACCAGCAUCACCAGUCCCGGGAAGUGGAGCAAGUUCUUCAACCCAAUCUGCUGCUUCCUGCUUUUCAAUGUCAUGGACUGGCUGGGCCGGAGCCUGACCUCCUACUUCCUGUGGCCAGAAGAGGACAGCCGCCUGCUGCCCCUGCUCGUGUGCCUGCGCUUCCUCUUUGUGCCACUCUUCAUGCUGUGCAACGUGCCCGAGCGAACCCGGCUGCCCAUCCUCUUCAAGCAGGACGCCUACUUCAUCACCUUCAUGCUCCUCUUCGCCAUUUCCAACGGCUACCUGGUGUCCCUCACCAUGUGCCUGGCACCCAGGCAGGUCCUACCACAUGAGAGGGAAGUGGCAGGCGCCCUCAUGACAUUCUUCCUGGCCCUGGGACUGUCCUGUGGAGCCUCUCUGUCCUUCCUCUUCAAGGCAUUGCUCUAAGGGGCCAUCGGGGCUCCCAGUAGCCCCCUUCACACCCCUGCUGAGCCUUGGUCUGCAGGAGGUAGAAGGAGCAAGAGCAGCUCUCAGCCAUUAGCUGGUGGCUUCUUGGGGUGCUACGAGGAGGAAUCUGCCGGGGGUCAUUCUGCCCUCCCCUAGGAAUGAGACAGGACAAAAAGAAAUGAAUUUCAUCUAGAUGUAUGAAAAGUGCAUUAGCCAGAUGUCAGUGGCUCACGCCUGUAA